CCCUUUCAGCCCGCCCCUGUCAACAUCCACACACAACAGUGUGCUGUCUCUGUUCCAGGGGAGAAUAUCAGCUUUGCGCAGGGAGGAGAGGAUUAGCUCAGCCACUCAUCUCAUCUGCAUUUACGUUUCUAGGGAAGCACAUGAGCAUCCAAGGCUGCACCCCCUUUUGUAUAAAACCUGGCACUCCAAUCAUAGAGGCUGCACUUGAUCUUCUGUCACUGCUGUGUGAAGAUUCAAAGACUAGAGUUAUUCUUUUUUUUUUUCCUUCUUCAGCUGCAUUUUGCAUACUUUUUUCUUUAUGCUCUAAAAGCGCAUUGAUGUCAGAGAUGUGCUCGUUUAACUGGGAAAAUGCGAGGCGUAUUGUUUGACAGUUACUUCCUUUGAAAAUCAAGGAGGCGAUCCUCGUUUUUUUUGGGACUUUUUCUCCACUUCCUUCUUCAUCUUUUUGUCCUGUGCGGGGACUCGAGCCUUAGGAUGCCAUCUCGAGAGUCCUACGACGUUCAAAAGAAAGAGAAGCCUCUGGUGCAAAAGGCCAAGCGAGAGGCCAAUCAGGAGGACAUUCUGGCGGCGGCUCUGGGAAUGAGGAUGGGGCCACAGAAACCUUCAGCCACUUUUUGGCAACCACUUAAACUGUUAGCCUACUCGCAGCUCACCUCACUGGUCCGCAGAGCGACACUGAAGGAGGUCGACCAAGAGCCCCGGUCUGAAAAAGUCCACAACUUCAAGGUCCACACCUUCCGGGGGCCUCACUGGUGUGAGCACUGUGCUAGAUUCAUGUGGGGGCUGAUGGCUCAGGGGGUCAAAUGUUCAGAUUGCGGUAUGAACGUCCACAAAGAGUGCUCGGCUCAGGUGCCCGACGACUGCAAGCCCAGCCUGAGACACGUCCGCAAGGUUUACAGCUGCGACCUGACGACCCUGGUGAAGGCCUACAACACGGCCCGACCCAUGGUGGUGGACAUGUGCAUACGAGAGAUCGAGUCCAGAGGACUGAAAUCAGAGGGUCUCUACAGAAUAUCUGGAUUCAGUGACUCGGUGGAAGAAGUCAGGAUGGGGUUUGAUAAAGAUGGCGAGAAGACAGACAUCUCAGUGAAUGCCUAUGAAGACAUCAAUAUCAUCACGAGUGCGCUGAAGCUGUACCUCAGGGAUUUGCCUGUUCCUGUAAUCUCCUACGACGCUUACCCCAGGUUCAUCGAGGCCACAAAGCUCACCGAUCCUGAAAAGAAGCUGGAAGCUUUCCGGGAGGCUCUCGCUCUGCUGCCACCAUCCCAUAAGGAAACUCUCAAGUAUCUCAUGGCCCAUUUAAAAAAGGUGACACAGAAUGAGAAAUUCAACCUGAUGAGUGCGGAGAACCUCGGCAUUGUCUUCGGGCCCACCCUCAUGCGUGCGCCCAACCAGGACGCCAUGACGGCACUGAACGACGUCCGCUACCAGAGGCAGGUGGUGGAGGUGCUCAUCAAAAAUGAAGACAUGCUCUUUUAAGCUCUGAUCAGGACUUUUGUGAGAACAUUUUCCAGCUGUUGUUUUGUGUAAAGACUUUUUUUGUAUUAUAAUGAUGGAUACUUUUCUUCGAAUUUCUUGCAUACGGACUAACAUCUGUUCUGGGUGCAGAUGAUGCACCUUACACCUAUUUCCUGGCUCCCCAUUUUUGUCGGGGUUUUUUUUUAGAAGCUGAUAGGCCAGCAUGCAUGGUGCGAGGCCUUUUUUAAUUUGUUGUCGUAACUUAGCACGUGUCAAGAUUGUGAUUUUGCUUUAGUCUGUCCUGUAGUUUGUAGUCAUCGUCCACAUUCCUUUCUGCCUGCUCUGCCGUCAUUUCUGUGACACUUUGUACAUCUGGAUGUAUAAAUAAGCUACUAAAUUUUCUUAGGUGAUUUUUUUAUGAUGCUGUAUUUUUUUACCUCUUUGAUCGUUUGUAAGUGAUCCACAGUUCUUAGUUGAAUCUACUUUCUGUACGUAAACACUGGUGCAUUUGCCUGACGGUAAAAUUUUUAUUGUGCUAUGAAACGGCAUUAUCUGUGAAAUUAAUUUUGUACUGUAAUGUUUUUUCUACACAACCUGUGCAUGAUUACUUUAAUUUAUUAAACCCUACUUUGAAAAACUAUUCCUGAAUUAUUGCCUUAAUAAACAAUCAACAUCA